AUGUCUAUGGAACUGUGUGCUUGGGAGGAUCCUCUCAUCGUCGCCUCAGUCAACGGAAACACCAAAGAACUCGGAAACCAGCUCGAUGCCGGAAGAAGCGUCGAUGCUCGCGACCUACAAAAUGGGCGGACACUGCUAAUUUGGGCCACACUGGGAGGACAUGACAAUGCCGUCGAUCUUCUCCUUCGCCGAAGUGCAAAUCCUCACUCGCAAGAUCUUAGAAACCGAACGGCCUUGUUACACGCCGUGGCAAAUGGCUACGAGGCAAUUGCGGAGAGGCUGAUCACAGCAGGCGCUAAGAUAGAUGCCACUGAUGAUGCGGGCUACACGGCGCUGAUGCUUGCUACGAUCUCUGGGUCUUCUAAUCUCGUGGCCAGGCUGUUGGCGUUAGGAGCAAACGUUGAUACUAAAGAAUGGCGGCACGAGAAGAAUCCGCUCCUCUACGCGGCAGAGCACGGGUUCGAAAAGUGCGUGGAGUUACUGUGGAACGCUGAUGCAGAGGUGGACUUUGUGGACAAAAGCGGGCGAACCUCUCUGUCCUGGGCAGCCGAGAAUGGCCAUGCAAAUAUCGUCAAUCUUCUGUUACAGAAAGGCGCCAAUCCAAAUAUGAAAGAUAAUGAUUUGGAGCGGACACCAUUUCUGUGGUCCAUCAACAACGAGCAACUCGCCGUCAUUGAGAUCCUGAAAGAGAAAUCACCCCCUGAGCUUGGAUACGGGCUCAUGCCAAGACCAGUCCCAGCUACUUCUCCUCGGCUGGAGGAAAUACAACAGAGAUACAAAGCUAUUAAACCCGACUUUGAUUGGAGGAAGAACUCAGGUGGGGACCUUUUGCUCUGGACCCUAGGCUGUCGGGACAGAAUAGAAGAGGAUGACAUCAUAUUCCUCGUUGAGCAAGGGGCAGACGUGAACGUGAACAAGGACGAUGGAAUAUCGGUCCUUUGUCAGGCCUGUUGGAGUGGAUAUGGUAAAGUCGUCUCGCUGCUGAUCGAGAAAGGUGUCGAUCCGAACGUUGUGGAUAAAGAUGGCUGUACGCCUUUCGCUUCAGCCGCUGGAGCAGGACACAAGGAAAUCGUGCAGAAGCUCCUGGACCAUGAUGCGGACAUCGACACAUUAGAUGAAGAGGAUAUUACGCCUAUGCUGGCGGCAGCGUGUGGUGGACACAGCGAGAUUGUUCUCAUGUUGAUCGAAAAGUGUGCUAACCCCAACGCUUACGACAUAAACGGAUAUCAUGCGUUGUCGUUCGCCAGCGAGUCCGGUGACCUGGGUUUCGUACGUGCCUUAGUCAACAAAGGAGCUCUGCCGGACGAGGGCAUGGAAAAAUCAGCAUUGAUGAAUGCCGUUGCUGGAAACCAUAUGGACAUGCUCAAAUUUCUUAUACAACACAGGGCCACGUCUUACUCCGACUCCUACGACAAUUGUGAACGCCCACCUUUGGUACUCGCGGCGUCACACGGCAAGCCCGAGAUAAUGAAGAUCUUCCUUGGCAUGAGUUCCGACGACCCCAAAACCAAAAUACACCAGAUCUGGAGAGCACUCGUCGAGGCUUGUGAUGAAGGCGAAGUCGAAGCGGUUAAGUUGCUUCUCAAGUACAAGCCAUUUGAUGGCAUGGACAAGCCAUAUGAUUAG